UGUCCUUCCGUGUCCUCCGUAGCCUCAGCUGACCUGCUGCCGCCCCGCCACAGCUCUACAAUCCCCCCCCCCCUAUAACCCCCCCAAUCCCCCCAAUCCCCCUACUACCCCUGAACUCUAGCCAACGUCGGACGCAGGAGAGAUAGAGCGAGACAGAGCUCUCCAGCGCCUCGACUAAAGCCCUUGUGAACAUGUGCGAUGGUGACAGACCUUGUAAAAGCCCCAGCUUGCUAGACUUAUGGUUUUGAUGCGUUGUGUCGCGAUGAGCGAGGAUUAGUAGUGAGUGAAAACAAGAGUGCCAAGCUUGAGAGAGAGAGUGCCAGUGUCGACACCUUUUUUUAGCAGCAUAAUCUGGGCGGACGCUUCUGCGAGACGGGAGAUCAACAGGCAAUGACGUCGCUCCUCUUCCCACAGUCCCAAGACAACUUAGUCCCGGGCGAGGAAGGGGACCGUUCCUUCCGUGACCUCUGUGACCUCAGUGAAGCUGACUCCGAGGGCGGUUCCGUGUCCCCCCACGCCCACCGCGGCUCAACCACGCCCACCAGCACCACCGACAACCACCACCACCACCACCUGCUGCUGCACCACCACCACCACCACCACGACCUCAACAUGAACGCUGCAGGCGCCGCCGCCGAGCUGAGCGCAGCGGCCGAGAGGUUCAUCACGCAGCAGCUGUCGGCGGUGCCGCUGGAGCUGGAGAUGCGGCCCUCCAGCACGGGCGUGGGCUUGGGCGUGUGGGCCAAGCACAGCCUCGCCCGGGGCACCAGAUACGGCCCCUUUCUCGGCAAGUGGACCGCCAACGCUAAGGACCCAGGACUCGCAUGGGAGGUAAGCAUGAACAUUCUUCUUGCAUAGGAGACACU